AUAUUCAUAUCGCUUUAACCAUCUCCCUCUCUCUCUCUCUCUUCUCUCACUCAGACACAGACACACAGCUAAAGCUUCCCAUCUGAAAGGAGUUUCAUGUCCUUAAGGACCAUAUAACCUAUCUCUCUCUAGGAAUAAAAAAAACAGAAGAUAGAGAGAGAGAAACUAUGGCUCACAUAAAGAUCUAAUAGAGACCAUCACAACCCCACCACAACCAUCUUUGAUCAUCAUCAUCAUCAUCAAUAUGGAUCCUGAUCCAGAUCAUCAUCAAAGACCAAACUUCCCUCUCCAGCUUCUUGAUUCUUCUUCCUCCUCUUCCACUUCCUUAGCUAUCAUCCCAUCAGCUUCGUCUUCCGAACCUAACUCCGACCCUAACGUUCUCUCCAAGAAACCACCUCCAAAGCGAACCUCAACAAAGGACAGACACACCAAAGUCGAAGGCCGGGGCCGUAGGAUCCGUAUGCCGGCCAUGUGCGCCGCACGUGUCUUUCAGCUCACACGCGAGCUCGGUCAUAAAUCCGACGGUGAAACCAUCGAGUGGCUUCUCCAGCAAGCUGAACCGGCGGUUAUAGCCGCUACGGGGACUGGAACCAUUCCGGCUAACUUCACUUCUCUUAAUAUCUCACUUCGUAGCUCAAGAUCCUCUCUCUCUGCUGCUCAUCUUCGUACAACUCCGAGCAACUAUUACUUCCACUCGCCUGCGAUGGCUCAACAUCAUCAUCAGCAGCAGCUUCACCAGGUGCGUCCCAAGAAUGAGUCGGAUUCUUGUUCUUCUUCUCAGCUCGUAGAUCACAACCAGAUGGGGAAUUAUCUAGUACAGUCAACGGCUGGAUCUUUGCCUACUAGCCAGACUCCUGCCACGGCGCCGUUUUGGAGUAGUGGUGAUAAUACGCAGAAUCUAUGGGCUUUUCAUCAUUCCGGUGACGUUUACAACACAAGCAGCGGUGGUGGUGGUGGUGGCGGUGGAGCGGGGGGUGGAGGAGGAGUACAUUUGAUGAACUUCCCAGCGCCGUUUGCUUUGUUUUCCGGACAGCCUUUGGCGUCUGGUUAUGGAGGAGGUGGUGGAGGAGGAGGAGAACAUAACCAUUACGGAGUUUUGUCGGCGUUGAACGCUGCGUACCGGCCGGUUCAGGAGACGGCAAACCAGCAAAACCAUGGAGAUCAUCAUCACAACCAUCAAGAAGAUGGAAGCACAAGUCAUCAUUCCUAGGCCAAAAAAACACACACAAACAAUAUAUCUUCUUUACUUGCAUGGGUGUGUAUACGGAAACGAAUGUAUACCGAAAGGUGGAUGUAUCAACGAGCAUGGGAAUUGAUUGCUGGGGAAAAGAUGCGUAGCAUGGCUGUGUCAAGCGCUUGGGAACCAGAUGCUAAUGAACAUAUCUCUUUCAUCUUUGAGUUGAAGAGAUUGAUGAAGAGGAAAGCAGAUAAAUUAGAUAAUGAACAUAUCUCUUCACACCUGGUUAUCAAAAAAAAGAAAAAAAAAAGAGGAAAGCAGAUAAAAAUGUACGAAUAAACUAGAUUGUUUACUUUCAGGGUACAUAUAUAUAUAUAUAUUGGUUCUUGACAAAAGUGAUGUGCAUUUAUAUGCAUAUAUUGGUUCAGG